AAGAAUCCUUCGCUGGGUCUUAAUGCCAAGUUGCACUCUUUCUUUCGCCUUCGGGCAUUUGGUCAAUUUGAAACGAUACAGAGAAGAUUAGCAUGGCCCCUGCACUAAGGAUGACACGCUAUACAAAGAAGAAGCAAACCAUUUUUUUUUUCUUUUUGGUCUUUUGGUCGGGUUUCAAAUCCAACCUGAGCCUCGAAAACCCUCCUUAUCCUCUUCUGGAUUUUUCCUCGUUACUACUGGCAUUGGUCCUCAAUUUGAAAGAUGAGGUAACUGAAUGGACAAGUAAUGUGAAUAAACAUGACAUACAAAUCAUUAUGCUACACACUGGCCUGAUUGCAAUAUCCACUGGAAUGGCCUUGAAGCAUGAUGCAUCUGAAUACCACUUAGCACGUACUAAAUACAGAUGCUUAAGUAAAGUACUAGAUGUCUAAGGGUAAUCAUACCGUUACGAGCCUAGCUGGCAGGAGAGAACACUCCCCUUUCUUGUCAGAGCAGAAGUCGACGUUAUUGCGACAAAGGACGGUGUUAUCUAGGGGUGGCUCUAUUGGGUGCUAUUUGCAUUCCAAGCUCCAAGCUCGCUCAGCUCUCUUCGCAAG